AUGGAGAAUGUCUCUUUGUUGAGCAUUCCCAAUGCUUCCUAUGACCUGUCCGGGCUCGGUAGCUAUUAUGGAAAUUCUAAUUCUGAAACACAUUUUCCUACCAAUGACUUGUCACCAAAUUUCUACAUCAUUCUCCCAGUGAUCUACUCAGUCAUUUGUGUGGGUUGGAUUAACUGGAAACACAGCGGUCAUCUAUGUCAUUCUCAAAGCCCCCAAGAUGAAAACGGUCACCAACCUCUUUAUCCUAAACCUGGCAAUUGCUGAUGACUUAUUUACUCUUGUCCUUCCCAUCAACAUUGCUGAGAUUCUUCUUCAUUAUUGGCCUUUUGGUGUUGUCCUUUGUAAGAUUAUCUUGUCCAUAGAUCUUUACAACAUCUUCUCCAGCAUUUUCUUUCUAACUGUCAUGAGCAUAGACCGCUACCUGGUCGUAUUGGCCACUGUAAGGUCCAAGAGGAUGCCCUACCGUACCUAUCGAGGAGCCAAAAUUGUAAGUCUUCUUGUUUGGGUCUUGGUCAUUCUUAUUGUGUUGCCUUUUACCAUUUUUGCUGGAGUCUACAUGGACAAUAUGGAGUUUAAGAGCUGUGGACUGAAUUUCCCCAAACCAGAAAAACUAUGGUUCAAGGCGAGUCGUAUCUACACCCUAAUGUUGGGAUUUGCCAUUCCAGUUUCCACCAUCUGUAUCUUAUACAUGCUUAUGUUGUACAAACUAAGGAAUAUGAGGUUAAAUUCCAAUGGCAAGGCCUUGGACAAGGCCAAAAAAAGGGUUACCGUCAUGGUCUUUGUUGUUGUAGCGGUUUGUCUUUUUUGUUGGACACCUUUUCACCUAGCUACCAUAGUGUCUCUGACCACAGAUUUGCAGGAGACCUCUGUAGUUAUUGGCAUCUCUUACUUUAUCACAAGUCUGAGCUACGCCAACUCUUGUCUCAACCCAUUCCUAUACGCCUUCUUAGAUGACAGUUUCCGCAAAAGCUUUCGAAAGAUGCUGGAGUGUAGAACAACUUGA